UCGACGACAUUCAUCUGCUCGCAAUGCCGACAUGCCACGCUCCUCCGCCGCCCGAAAAGACCCUACACGUUCACGCAGCUGGUGACGCUCUCCGACGGAAGCGCCUUUACGCAACGCACCACCUCGCCGCUGCCCGUCUACCGGUGCACGCGGGACACACGCAACUCCCUCCUCUGGAAUCCGUCGAGCAGCAAGCUCAUGAACGUCGAGGACGACGAGGCCGGGCGAUUGGCUGCCUUCCGAUCGCGCUUUGGACGGAGUUACGAUGCGAAUACCCCUGUUGUGGAUCUUGAGGCUACGGAGAAGAAGGACGCAAAGGAUAUGGAUGCGAAGCAGCAACAGGUCGAGGAGGAAGAUGAAGAUGAUAACCUCCUUGACUUGAUUAGUUCGUUUGGUCAGAAUGAG